UCCAUCCAGGGGAGAAAACGCAAGAAAGAGGAGUAGCACCGGGCAGAGGUUAAAGAGGAAAAGGGGGAACCUUCAACGCUCCACUGGAGUAAAAUUACGUUUUCGGAGGAGAUAAGAGCGGCAUUCACCAGCGCUUUCUUUACGGCUGAUCUUUGGCUGAUUAGGAUGAUUCUUUCCUGAGUCCCUCUCUAACGGCCCCCCCCCCCACCCCCAUUGUCCUCUUCAGUAUCCUAACCCACGCCACUGCAGCCAUCAUGAACCACACCCCAAGUCCCCACCUGUCCGAAAGUGGGAAGUCAGCUGGAGGGGGCCUGAUGUGCAGCCUUGGUCUGGGGUCUGAAAGGGGGAUCCGUUCUCCAGACAGUCUCACCCACACCCCCAGCCCCACUGGAGGAACCCCCAGCUCUAGCCCCCCGCUGCUGCUCUCCCCGGGCCUCGGAGGCCUUGGGCUGGGUUCCUUGGGGGCCAUGUGUGAGGGAGCUGGGGCUGACUGGGAGAGCAGGGAGGAGCUGAGGCUCAGGGAGCUGGAGGAAGCUCGAGCCCGAGCAGCUCAGAUGGAGAAAACCAUGAGGUGGUGGUCAGACUGCACCGCCAACUGGAGAGAGAAGUGGAGCAAGGUUCGUGCAGAGCGUAACCGUGCACGUGAUGAGGUGCGUCAGCUGAGGCAGCGUCUGGACACCCUCACCAAGGAGCUGACCAGUGUUCGACGGGAGCGGCAGGAACUGGCCUCAGAGAACGAGACACUACGGCAGGAGACCCUGCGCCUUCGUGGUGACUUCACGGCUCCUCCUCCAUCUGCCACUUCGCCGUUAUCCUCCCCUGCACACCCAUCCUCCUUCUCCUCUCCAUCCAUCCCUCCGUCUUCCCCUGCUUCCUCCUCCUCCUCGCAGGUCCACACUGAAGGCAAACUGGACAGGGUGGGGGAGGGACCCCCAGGAUCUCCGGAGCCAGAACCAGUUAGAGACGUGGACUUGGACAGACAAAAGAUGGGUCAACAAAAGAACCUGGAGGCUCUAGAGUCGGCCCUCGGUUCGGGGGCUCAGGAAGAAGACACUCCACAGGCCUGGGAGAGUCGUGGUGGUGUUAACCUGCCCAGCUCACGCUCAUCCACGAGUUUAAGCCGACAGGAGCGCAGCAGACAGCUAUGGGAGGACAUCAGCGCAGUGGAGGAAGAUUCCAGUAAACUCAAUGCCCUGCAGCUCCGGUUGGAUGAGUCCCAGAAAGUCCUCCUGAAAGAGAGAGAAGACAAGCUGGCACUGAGUAAGAGCAUCGAGAGGCUUGAGGCUGAACUCAGUCAGUGGAAACUUAAAUAUGAGGAGCUCAGCAAGAGCAAACAAGAGGCGCUCAAACAGCUGAACCUGCUGAAGGAAAUUCAUCAGGAUGAACUCGGCCGUAUAUCUGAAGACUUGGAAGAUGAACUGGGGGCCCGAACCAGUAUGGACAAGAAACUUGCCGAACUACGAGCAGAGAUGGAGAGGCUGCAGGUGGAGAAUGCUGCAGAGUGGGGUCGAAGGGAGCGUUUGGAAACAGAGAAACUGGCCUUGGAGAGGGACAAUAAGAAGCUGAGGGCUCAGGCUGAGGACCUGGAGGAGCAACUGGCAAAAAAACGCAGACAGGCCGCCUCUGCACUUGACACCGACCUCAAAGCGAUCCAGACUGAGCUGUUUGAAAGAAACAAGGAGCUGGCUGACCUUCGCCACAUUCACUCCAAACUAAAGAAGCAGCUCCAGGAGAAGACAGCAGAGCUCGCCCACGCCAACCGGAGGGUGGAAAGCCAUGAGGCCGAGGUCAAAAAACUACGACUGAGGGUGGAGGAGCUGAAGAAGGAGUUAGGACAGGCUGAAGAUGAGCUGGAUGAGUCUCACAACCAGACCAGGAAGCUUCAGAGGUCUCUGGAUGAGCAGGUGGAACAGACGGAGAACCUGCAGGUGCAACUGGAACACUUGCAGUCAAGAUUGCGACGUCAGCAGCAAAGUCCGGCUCUGUUUGGGAAGAUCCGAUCAGCUCGGUUCGGUCCUGAAAACCCAGAUGGUCCCGCCAGUGACAUGGAUGAGGAAGAGGAGGAACUGCAGCUCCAGAUUCCAUGACACCAGUUAAACAGGAUCGUUUUUUUAAAUGAACCUCAGCCGUCAUGAGAGGAGGAUUGUUGCCCUUUGGAUCUUCUGUAAGGGAAUCUUUUUGCUGCAGAUUACAGCACUGCCUUCAUUUUGACCAGCAAGUGUUUGAAGGACAAACCCAACUUUUGAGGAAUUAUUUACCCAAAGUCACAUUUCAAGGUCAAUACCACUCUUGAGUGAGUUUUUCACUUCUUUUGGGGGUGGAUGUGUUAAACGCUGUCCUCAUAAUUGAAUGCUAUCUAUGUUAAUGCUCCAAAUAUGAUUGAAAAAAGAUUUACAAUUAAUGUUUAAUGAGAAAAUAACUAGGGAUUAAGAGAAAUCACACGGUUGUUAUAAUCUGGAGUUUAAAUAUGAAAGUUCAUGUGACAAAUUCUCCUCCCAGCAGUGAUAUGACAACACACCUAAUCCCUCAGCAGAAUCCACACCUUCUCACUCUCACACACGCUCAGACUGACACAUUCUUGGAUGUUCUUUCUAAACCGACACGGUAACAAGAUGAAACCAGCAGGAGUGUGACAGACUUUGACAAUGUAAUGCUGAACGAAAGGAUCUUUUUUGAACUUCCACAAAUUACUGGCAGAGGCGUCAUCCUUUCACUGUACUCACUCAUUCUUACCUCAUAUCAUCUCAAGCAUUACAGCUGUCCUGUCUGAACUGUGCUACUGCAUUCAGAGGAUCCAACCUCAGCCCAGCAUCUUCAUUCCCAGUAUUAAUGCUGUUCUCAUAGCUGUCAGCUCUGAGGAAAAGUGGUUUUAAAUUUAUUAUGAGGGAAUAUAUUUGUUCUAGGGAAUGACAUGUAAUGCCAAGGUCAGACUGCACUAUGUUUUUGUUGUUACAAUGGUCGCUGUCAGAUCAGACAUCACAGAGCCGUACAUUUAUGCCAUAAUUUGACCAACAGGCAUGACAGACUACACGUAAGAACCUGACCAAUCAUCAUGAUGGACAUGAUGGAAGGGACAGGUCUCCAUUAUAAAUAAACAUACUGUAUUUACAGGA